AGCCGGAAGUGGUCGCUAAGGACCUGGGGCUGGGUUUAGUGUGCGGAACCUACUGCGGCGGUUAAUAAGCAUACAAAAUCAGGAUGGAGGCUGUGGCGACGGCGGCGAGGGAGCCCGACGAAGGCUGCACAGAGCCCAGUUCUGGGCACUGGGGGGAGCUAAGCUGGAUGCCAGUCCCAUCUAGACCCCUGGACAAGGUGGAAGCAGCAGAGGGCGUGCCAGGGGCCCUGGACAGUGACGCCCCUGGGGCCGAGAGUGCGGCCGUGAGUGCUAUGCUGCGUGCCGUGGCUGCCAGCCGCCUGCCUGUGUGCAGCCAGCAGCAAGGGGAGCCUGACCUGACCGAGCAGGAGAAGGUGGCCAUCCUGGGCCAGCUGUACCACGAGAAGCCACUGGUGUUUCUGGAACGUUUCCGAACGGGCCUUCGUGAGGAGCACCUGACCUGCUUUGGCCACUUGCGUGGUGACCACCGUGCAGACUUCUACUGUGCCGAGGUGGCCCGGCAGGGCACCGCCCGACCCCGCACCCUGCGCACCCGCCUGCGUAACCGGCGCUAUGCUGCCCUGCGUGAGCUCAUUCAAGGGGGCGAGUACUUCAGUGACGAACAGAUGCGGUUCCGGGCCCCACUGCUAUACGAGCAGUACAUCGGCCAGUACCUAACUCAGGAGGAGCUCAGUGCCCGUGCCCCGGCCCACCAGCCACCCAAGCCGGGCUCCCCUGGCACGCCCGCUUGCCCACUCUCUGACCUGCUGCUCCAGUCCUACCAGGAGCGGGAGCUGCAGCAACGGCUGCUCCGCCAGCAGGAGGAGGAAGAGGCCUGCCUGGAGGAGGAGGAGGAGGAGGAAGGCAGUGACAAUGAAGACCAGAGCCCUGGCCAAGACUCCGAGGCCUGGGUGCCCGACUCAGAGGAGAGGCUGAUCUUGCGGGAAGAGUUCACCAGCCGGAUGCACCAGCACUUCCUGGACGGCAAGGAUGGGGAUUUCGACUACAGCACCGUGGACGAUAACCCUGACUUCGACAACCUGGACAUUGUGGCCCGGGACGAGGAGGAGAGGUACUUCGAUGAGGAGGAGCCUGAGGAUGCGCCUAGCCCGGAGCUAGACGGGGACUGAUGGCCCGGCCACCCGCUCUGCCCCCACUGAAGCCAGGCGGCUGGUCAAAGGCUGGCUCCGAGACUUUCUCCAGGGGCCGGCCGGCUCCCACACCACCAGCCUCACAGGGCCCGGGCCAUCUCAGACUGCCCUCCCGCUGUGUCUGCGGUGCCCUGCCUCCCCCCAACCCAGCCCUGCUUCCUUGUCUUCACUGCUGUUUCUCCGGGUUUCUUUCUGUCUUUGGUCUCUUUUUCUCCCUGCCUUUCCGUCU